AUGAGCGUCCUCGUCCUUGCACCAGCGCGGUGGGCCAGGUUGAGGGAGGUGCAGGGCAGGCGAGAUGAUGGUAUUGCAAACAGCAAUCACCCAUGGGACCAUCGAUGGUCACGCCCGCCACCGUCUAGUCUGUCGUCGUCGUCGUUGCUCAUUGCUCGACGCGUUGGUGACUCGAGGGAGUUUGUCUCCCAUCAUCCCCGGGACUUGGCGGAUGUCAAAGAUGAAUUGAAUCGUUGCCUGCGAACCGAGCGCGUGAAUAGGACUACAGCCAACAGAGAGAUUGCCAAGGAGAAGAACAAAAAGUCGGAGAAUGCGUUGAAAGAGUUCCGCGCGCUGGAAGCAUGA